AAUAAAAUAUCGAUAAGACGAGAUUGCGUUAAAGUUGGUAUUGUAAAUAUUUUACAAUUGUGGAUUUAUAAGCGAGUUGCUACGUGUCAAUAAUAAAUAUAAAAAUGGCUGAUUUCCUUGAUUCUGAAGCAGAAGAGUCUGAUGAGGAAAAUGCACUUGACCCGCAUGAACGUAGAAAGUUAAAAAGUUUGAAGCGGAUGGCGGAUAGCAGCGAAGAAGAAGAUGAAGACGAUGCAGAUGAGGUCGCUGAUUUAAUUGAUGAUAAUCCUAUAGAAGAUGAGGUAAGCGAUGGUGAAGAUUCAGAUGGGUCUAGUGUAUCGAAAAAACGAAAGAAACACGAUGAUGACGAUUUAGAUGAUCGUUUAGAGGAUGAUGACUAUGAUCUAAUUGAGGAAAAUUUAGGAGUUAAAGUAGAAAGAGGAAAACGUUUCAAACGUUUAAGACGAAUACAAGAUGAAGAAAGCGAUGGUGAGGAACAUGUAGAUGAAGGUCUUGCAAGAGAAGCAAUAGCUGAACAGUUAUUUGAUGAAGACGAUGAACUUUACGACUAUCCAUUUUCUGAUUUUUUCAAUUCCGGCAAGUGAGGCUUGGACAGCUUUCGUACUAUGUUAAUGGUGCUUUCAACGUCUAGAGAGGAUGGAAUCAAAUAUUUAAAAUAGAUACAUAUUUUAAAUGUAUGAACGAUCUCAUGUAU